AGCAGGAAGUAGCCACAGAAAAAGCUGUCUCUCUCUGGCAGGAUCCAGAAAGCUCCUGGAGCACUCUAGUUUUAAACUGUUGUACUUUACUCCACUUUCUUUUUUUUCGGAAAAAAAUCAGUAGCGUUUCCUUCUUUCCAAUAUGUACUGGAAAAUAUUCUUGUCGGCGUUGACUGUUUUAGCUGUGCUGGGAUGCGGUGAUGCUCUAGAAGGUCCUUGUUCUAAUUUUACAAACUGUAAUGAGUGCCUGAAGCAUGCAACCACUAAUGUGACCACAAUCUGUGUAUGGGUGAUGUGCAAAGAGACCAGCUCAGACCAUUGUAUGUCACCAGAAAAGACCCUUGAAGCAAAUUGCACCAGCCUGAAUGAAACCUGCCAAGCAAACCAUACCACUGUUGCACCAACUACUGCUACUACAGCCAACAUAUCAAUCAACACAUCAACAUCUGCUUCACCUACAGCUCCUCCUAGUUCAACAGUAAAAACUACACCCAUAACCACCACUGUUCACACAUCUGCCACCUCCAACUCUACAAGUUCUCCCACAGCGGCACCUCAGAAGAAGAACACCUUUGAUGCUGCCAGUUUCAUUGGAGGCAUAGUGCUAGUUCUGGGCCUACAGGCAGUCAUCUUCUUCCUUUACAAGUUUUGCAAAUCUAAAGACAGAAACUACCACACCCUGUAAAAGCCAUUGUGACAACUUGCUACAUUUGACAGACUUUAGUUUUUCAAAAUUAAUAUUUCUUUUCAGCUCCUUUCACAAACAGUUGAUGUGUAGCACAUGUCUGGAGACUCUUGAGACAGUUGAAGGUGUCAUGCCACUAACACCGUGAACCUCCCUCACUGAGAACAUUGCUAUAAAUUGGAUGGCUAUGGAAUUUAUAGCAAUGUUUACCGGUCCCCCUUUUCGUUACCUUCUGCCAGAGUGAUACAGUGCUAUCUAUCUCUGUGCAGUCCUAUAUACAUACAGUACAUAUAAACAGAAUAGCGCUAUCAGAUAUUACUGCUUAAUUUGACUGUUGUCAACUAGUGCAUUAAAGUAAUGCUGUGUCUUCACAACCAAAGACUUGCCUGUACUCAAGACAGAUAUUAUAGUCUUUCAGUUUUGCUACAUGAAGAACAAAUGUGAGCUUAAAUGGAGAAAUUCAAAAUUAAUAAAAUGAAUAAGAUGCAGAUAGACUCCAGGAGAAUACGAUGGAAAUAUUCGGUUUAUUAAAUAACCUUUUUUUUUUUUUAAUUUAAGAUAAAAAAAAUAUAUAUAUAGUAAUCAAAAGCUGGGGUCAAGUGCCUUAUGCAUGUGCCAACCUUAGUGAAAUCCCACCGGUCAUUUGCUUUCUAAUAAAAUAAGAGCCUCUUAACCAGUAGUGAUGUGUAUUUAUACACAUCCAGUUACCAAUUUAAGGGGCUUUUUCUCAACAUAAGAAUUUUUCUUUUUCUGUAAACUUCAGGCCCGGUGCUAGUUUCAUUUUUCUUUUUUUAAAUUUUUGUAAAUUAUUCCAAUUAUGUAUAAAAUAAUUUUAUUUUUCUCUCUCCCUUUUAGGAGUAAGGUUUAUAUAAUGGUUUAUAUGGAAAGUCAUUAAGGGAGAGGUCAGUUUGCAGGUACAGCUUUGAAGUGAAUGUUUUUGGUUUUUUUCUCCUGCAUAAACACUUUUAAUAAUCCUGCGGGUUCGUCCUGUUAAAUAGAUCGGGAUUCCUUUCAAAUCAUGCUCGUUGCAUGCUGUUAAAUCGUGAAGUAACUCGGAUAAUUCAAUACAAUAACAGGUUUGCCGAAUUUGUUUUUGUGACUUAAGUAGGCUGCUAAAACAGCCGUAUAUUUCAUUUAUUUAUUAGCAUGAAAAUUUACAAAAACAUUAAAUUGAAUAAAUAAAGGAAAUGUCAAAAGUGAUCAGAAGUAGUAUUUAGUAGAAUCUAUGCACACCUUGAGCAUUGAGACAAUCUACCAGUCUUGAAUUACUUGCACCGUGCAAUCUUGUGACAGUUACGUUGUGUUCUUGAUCUUUAAAUGAUGUUGUAAUUUUUUAGACAUUAUCAGUUGAUUUGUAAACUAGGAAUAGAUUAGGCUUUGCUGAGUUUUGGUUUCUGUUGUGGAUUCUUUGCAUUUUUAUUAUGUUUGUGGAAUUUUAAUGUUUAGCAAUUCUGACUGUAUAAUGUUGCCUUUGCUAUAGAUAAUAAAAAGCUAUAAUAAAAAGAAUCGGUUAGACAGUAAAGGGUUUUAUGGUCGCAUUUGCAUUCAUGUAAAUUUUUUUUUUUUUGAUAAUUUCAGUUUCAACAUUUUUACAAGUGAAUGUGCUGCUAGUAAUUAGUUGAUAGCAAAAAUUAAGAGGCCCAGUUUUUAUAAUUGUGAACUUAUUCAUCAUUCUGUUGAAACUGUAUGUGGUUGUUAUAAUUUUCAUAUAGGCUUCAGUUCAUUGUGCCAAGACUAGGUGUGUUAAAGUCCCCUUGUGUUAUUCUAGUUGUGGCACAAAUGUCAGGUCAUUGCCAGAUUCGUGUUUCUUAGUGAACUGACAAAGCAGAGUCCAAUAGAAGGUUAUCUUAUGUGCCAUAACUAGAUGUCGCCUUAUGUGGGAGAAUGGCAGUGGGACAACAGUGAUGCCAAGUACACAUUAGGGCUUUAAAAGCUGAAAUCCUGUCCUAGAGAGCAGCCGUGUUCAUGUAAAGGAAGACGUCCCAUGGCCAAUUAUUUGCUUAAUUAACUAACAGUUGAAGUUCUUUGUUCUUAAAGGAGCACAAAGUGUUGGCUGGCCUGCCCGUAAAAUAACAUCUUAGUCAGAUGAUUGGCUGAAAAUUCCUGAUGAGCCUGUUUUAGGGUUGGCAGUUAAGGAGCCACUAGUUUUGUAAAUAUGACAUUUUCUUUGUGUGGUAACCUUGCCAGUGUACUUCAUUGGUCAUGGCUGCAGACCAAGUGGCCAUCCUUACUCUCUAGCUUUGGUGAAGGCUGUGCAACUUAACAGGAGGCAAGACUGGACUGCUAACCUAAAUUGCCACAUACAGAAUCCACAUUGGCAGGCCAGGCCUAACUGGAUGAGACGCCCAUAUGCAGCCAUUAUUAGACCAUUUUAGAGGAAUGUAAACACUUCAGAUGCACUAGGAGAGCUACUUUCAAUAUCCCCAAGCACUUUGAUGCAUGUCUCUUAUAUGUGACAUUUUAAGUGCCUUGAAACGUGUACAUAAACAUUUUUGAGUUGAAUGAACAUUUUAAAAGGGAGUAGGUGAGCGUGAAAUUGUAGUGUGGUUCUGCUGCUCGAUUUUGUUUUCUCCCUCCUGUUUAAAUUCCCGUUUGAGAUUCAUUUUCGUAUUUCUCAAGUCCGAGCCGCCUGUUAAACCAAAGGUACAAAUGCACUUGCUGUCGAUCUCAUUGUUCAUUAAAAUCAGUCACUUUGAAAUCGUUUUGUUUGGGGAUCUUUGCACACGUUUCUUUGUUCUGUUUGCCUUUUCCCUGUCGGGCUCGCUGCAUGAAAAACUUGAGUAGCGAAUCUCUGGUCACUUCCUAUCGCUGGCUUGACGGGUGUCUGCCUGGAAACUCCUUCUUCUUCUACCAUUCGCUGACUCAGAUGCAACUGAAAGAAAGGCUGAAGUGUCUAUUUGUGUGUUUUUGUUUUCUCCCCCUUCUCAGUUGAAAUAUUUCUUCACAGUUUGUUUCUUCAUUUGUGAUGUUACAUUAUGAUGUUAAAUAAUAAAAGUUUUCCACCAUCGCUUUAAACAGG